AUGGCAAUCGCAAAUCCCUCAAAUUACUCUGUACCUGCUACCAAUGCUGCCAAUGACACACCAGACAUACAAUGGUCGAAGCCACCGGCCACCCAACCAUACAUAUUAUUCACUCCCAAAGCAAGAAUGUCCAUCGUUAUAAUCGUGGGAUUUGCAACUAUAAUAUCACCUCUCACCGCGACCACCCAAUUCGAAACAUCGCGGCAAGCAAUAGAUAUUACAUUGACCAUCUAUAUAAGCUUCCAAGCUAUAUCACCAGCAAUAUUCGGACCGCUUUCCGAUUCCGUUGGUCGAAGACCAACAAACCUUCUUACCCUCGCCAUCUAUGCUUUAGCUAAUCUAGGCAUGGCACUCAACAAAUCCAACUAUGGUGUCCUCUUACUAUUACGGGCUCUUCAGAGCCUUGGCGCCAGUGCCGCAUUUGCUAUGAGCUAUGGCAUUGUUAGUGAUGUCUGCGUUCCCAGUGAACGAGGUAGGAUGAUGGGUUGGGUUAGUAUGGCCUCGAAUCUAGGAACCUGUGUGGGCCCGAUCAUAGCUGGGCUGGUUGUAUAUCUGAGUGGAGAUAUUGAGUGGGUCUUUUGGGCUAUAUUUAUUGUCGGGAUUCUUUUAUUCUUCGUUGUUGGUAUACUGCUUCCUGAGACUGGGCGCAACAUUGUUGGGAAUGGAAGUGAUAGGACGAAGAUUAAAGCAUGGCACCGGAGCUGGUGGAGUUAUAUCACAACCGUGGGAUUUUUACUGGAUAAAAAGAACGACACCCGAGAAGAGAAACCUGCAGGUAAUACCGAGCAAAGUCCUUCUGGCCGGGCGAGAAGGAACAUCUUCGCUCAGCUUAAUAUCCGAAUGUUUCUGGUCCCCUUACGGAUCAUCUUCUUUCCAGACGCCUUUUGCUGCCUGUGGAUACACGGAUCUUUCUACGCGGUUGACUAUAUCCUCGCCGCUACGGUUUCCGAUAUUUUCAUGCACACAUAUCAUUUCAACACCGAUGCCCGCAGACAUAAUCAUCCAAUUGAUCGAGUCCAUGGCGAUGAUCUGCGUGAGUUCCCAAUCGAACUAGCGCGGUCUCGUGGUAUCUAUUACCUUCUUCUCUUCUCCACUAGCACAUUGAUCGCCUACGGCUGGACUGCGCGAAAUGAAAAGCAUUUUUCAAUUCUAUUGAUCCUGCAAUUAAUCCAAGGGUUCUGGGAUACGUGCUUCUACACUAUUUACAACACAUUGUUGGUCGAUAUCUUCCCGCAGAAUCCGAGUACUGCUGCAGCAAGUGCAAGCAUAACACGGUGUGCCAUGGCAGCAAUAGGAGUGACUAGCCUGCAGCCUCUGAUGGAUGCUGCAGGACUAGGGUGGUAUUUUACCGCCCUUGGCAUCAUGAGUGCCGUGUGUGGUGCAGCAGCUGUCUGGUGCAUACGAGGAUAUGGCAUGCGGUGGAGAUCGCAGAGAAAUACGAAUCUAUAGACUGCAUCGAAUAUCAUUGCGCAUUUUACAUGAGUACUCAUGAGUACAUUUCCACCCCAUUUCAUCAUACACAUCGAACCGCAUAAUUCAAAUCCACUAGGCCAACCCCAACCCAACCGCAAAACAAGCCCACGCCGCAAAGUCCACCGUCCAAGUCCUUACACGAUGAAUAG